AUGGGGAAAAUACUGAAACGUAUAAUUUGUGUGCGGCUAGAGCAACAUCUAGAAAGACAGCAGCCGGGCUUAGCCGAAAGACACAGGUCGACAAUAGACGCCAUAAAAAAGCUAACAGACAUCGCAAGCAAGGCAAUUGAAGGAACCAGAUGGUUAUAUGGCACCAAAGAAUACUGCGUAGUUGUGACGUUCGACGUAAAAAAUGCCUUCAAUUCGGCCUAUUGGCCGCAUAUCAUGGAAGCCUUGAAACAAAAGAAGACACCACUCUACCUACUGAAGAUCAUAUCUAGCUCUCCGACAGAUUACUGCUAUAUGACACAGAAGAAGGUCCUAAAAACUACACUGUAA